AAAUUAAUGUGAAGAUAAUGUUUGAUAGAAUCUUAUUGGGAAGAUAAAGUGUGUGAAUCACAUUCAGCAGAGUGGGAGAAAAGGUGAAGAAAUUUAAGAUAGGAUUUUGAAUGAUGAAUGAUAGCUUAGCUAGAGAAAUGAAUGAGAGACAACCUCAAAGGCCUUGUGGUUGUGUGGGCAUUUUCUUUCAGCUCUUUGAUCGGAACCAUAGAUUUACCAAGAAGCUGUUUCCAAGGAAACUGCUUUCACCAGGUUGCUUGAAACAAGAUUCAAAAAAGUUUGGAGGGGAUGAGAAGCAGCCAAAGCUUCGUUUGAUUGCUGAUGAGAACAGUGGGGGUUUUCCAAAUGCAAAGAAUGAUGGAAUGACCGAUACACGUUAUGAAAGCAAGCGCGAAAUGAAAGCUCCAAGUUUGGUUGCUAGGCUCAUGGGUUUGGAAUCGAUGCCAGCAGGAUCAGGAAGUAAGCCCUAAAAGGCUUCAGCUUCUGAAACUUGGAGCAAUGUGGCAGACAAACUUGGUGCACGACCUGGCGGAUCUGAUAAAGAAGAUAUGGAUUUGGAGAUGGCCGAAAUAAAGAGUUCAGAACCAGGUUUGCAAAGGUUUAGAGCUAAAUGUGCUCUCACUUAUCCUACUAGAUAUUUUUCUCCUUUGGAAGAUGAAGCAGAUUUAGUUGGGAAUUCACUUGAUCACCAUUCAACUGACAGCUACCUCUCCAGCAGUCCCAAUAGUAU